AUGGCUGACACUCGAACAGAGACAGGAGGAGGAGUAGAUGAGGUGAGUUAUUGACUGAUAUGAAAUCAAAUAUGACAAGGACCUAAUGUCACUCUUGUUAACCACAAGAAAGUUGUUACCUUUGCAUUUGUGAAGACAAACUUUGAAUUAUGUAUUUUCGUUUCAAGCUUUGGCUGAGAAUUGUAUGUUUUUGUUUAUUGGCUAUAGAAAUUGUUUAUAUCAAAUAUGUUUAUAUUGCUUUCAAAAUCACUUAUUUCUAUAUUUGAAUUCAAUUUUAUUUUACAGGUGUUGGAUUUUUUAAAAGGAAGAGGCAUUUCCGAGCCUUUAAUCCUGACAAAUUUUGAGAAUGAAAAGGUAUUGAAUGAUACAUUUCUUGUAGCCGGGAAUUAGUCAGUUAGGAAUAUCAUUGAAAAUAUUUUCUUCGAAGCUAGUAAUUUUGUAAUAGCAAUGUUGAAUUGUUCAAAGGCACAAUAUGGCAUUUUAUGUAUUGUAAGUUUUAAAAUUAAUUAAAAUGAUUAUGUAUUUGAAAUUAAAUUAUGCACAAAAAUAAAGGUGGUUCAAUACAGUUUUAAAACAAAAAUAGGUACGCAAGGCUUACGUGUAUCAGCGCAUAAUGCAUUGAUGUUGAGGGAAUUGAAUUUUUCAUAGCAAUUGGGCAAAAUUGUGCUAUUUUUUGAAAUUAUAUGUGUGCUUCAUAUAAAGAAUAUUUACAUACAUACAAACUUUACAGGCGUUCUGUGACCCCCGUCCGCGAUCAUAUCAGAUCAUGUCAACGGCAUCUGGUAAUUACUAAAAUAACAUCGCCCAAAGUUCGAGUUUUAUAUUCAAAAUUCCAAAGAAUUUUCUCGUUGAAAAUUGCUGAAUAUUUUUCAUCUACAACUUUAGAAAGUGGGAAAUAUUUCAAGAUGCAUGGGCCAUCAUCAUUCGAAUAUUUACCAACAAAGAACAAAUAUGACUGGUUUAUACUUUAUUUUGUCUAAACUGAUACAUUCCCAAUUUCCCAUGCACAUGCAAAUUACAUCCUCUGAGAAAAUGCACAAACUAACCCCUCUGAAAUUUGAAAUCCUUGACGUGGCUAGAAAAACAGUAAAUGCCAUACCAUCACAAUAUUUACUAAAUGUCAGCAGAUCCCUUUAUUUAUAUGUUACUGUAUAUUCUGUAUAUUUAGAUUUUCUGCAUUAAAUUAUUUUGUAUUUUAGCGAGUGCCGGUGGCGUGGUUGUCUAGGGUGUUGCAUGCAUUCGUACAUGCUGCUAAUUGGUGGUUCGAAUCACGCAAUGGCAAAUAUUUUGUUUUUCGUUCUCAUAUUUUUUUCUUUAAUAAUUCUCCUAAGACUGCUUUUACAAUACAGGGGAGUUAUUAUUGUAUGACUGUAAAUUACUAUUAUUAAAUUGCCUCCUUCUUUCAAAAUUUGAUAAAUUAUUUUUUAAUAGUUGAGGCCAUUUUGUAGUUUGCGCCAAUUUCCAUAAUUGUGUUAAUUAAUGCUAAAUGUUGAGCCGCUGACAUCAUCUGAUUUGAUCGCGGACGGGAGUCACAGAACGCCCGGGAUAAAUUGACUACCUUAUUUAACCACGCUAGCCUGAACAACCAUUAGGAGGCUUAUUUCCAUAAGGGGCGUGAAAUAUAGAAUUAAUUAUUUACAAAUUAAAAAAAAAGAAAUAUGAAAAAAGAUAAAAUAAGACUAGCUAGAUUGCAGAAUAGGGAACAAAAAAAAUACAACGAUUUUUCAUGCACAAUCAUGCAUGAGCAAGUUUCACCUCAUUCUUUGUUUUAAUAUUGAUUGACCAGUGACUUCUAGAUUAAGAGGAAUAGUUCCAAGACAUGCUUAAUGAAAAUCUAUGGGCACUUAUCGAGGUCACAGCAAAUGGCCUAGUAUUACUUUGAUGAAACCAGGGCCUUAGGUAGACCGCUAAUUUGGGGCGGGGUGUGUGCAUAUUCCUAUAUUCGUAUUCUGUCUGACGGAUUUCUUUUGAAGGUGAUUGUUUUUACGGUAUGUGAACAUGAAUACCCCCUUCCCCCCAAUUAUCGUGUAUAGCUACGGCCCUGGAUAAAGGAAGCCCAGGCAAUCCAUGCUUUUAUAUUUGUAUAUACAGUAAUACAGAAAAUAAUCACUGAAUUUUUUGUGGAUUGCGUAGGCCGCUCGUGGCCUGUUUUGCUAUUUAUAUUUUUUAAACAAACAAGCAUAAAAUGAACAACUUGCAUAUGCAAAUGUCAUGUCAGGCUGUAUCGCAAAGGCUGACAUUUGGGUUAGUUGCAUGUUUGCAAAUGCAAGGAGUAUGAGUCUAGUUCUAGGCAAUAUGUUGGAUCUGUUUCCAUUUUUGCAGUUUUUUCUAUUUAUGUACAGUUAAACUGAAGGGCAAACAGUUUAAUUUCUAUUUUUGUCUUUGAUUGGUUGCAUGAAUCAUAUCCUUUGCCAAGAUUUGUUGUUACCUGCAAUAGUACAAAGGUUUUGUAAUUUGUAUUAAUCGCUUUCUGGAAGGUAUAAAGGUUCCUUUAGUAGGUUUCUUGUAGAUAAAGCUAUACAAUCCAUCUGUCUUUUAAUUUAUGUAUUGUUAUUAAUGAUGGAAAACAGCCUUGUCACAUAAAUGCAAAUUUGUGUGUUGAUGACGUGAUUGAGCACUAAAUCUAUCUGGCAGCUGGGGAACGUAUUCAACAAAAAUAUUUACACCUAAAAACAUGACAUGUAUAGCGUAAGAACUUUGUCAUGAUAAUUUGAACUGGGACAGACUGACCCUUUUUGAUUACUUCAAUGUAUAGCGGUGCAAAUAUGUACGGUUUUCGUUCAAACACGUCAAACAUACUCCUCUCUUACCUCAAAUUUACCUCCCAAAAUCUGGGGAGGUACUUCAUGAGCUCCAACCAAGAUAUAUAAAGUUAAUCAGCAUGCUUCUAUAUUAAGUACAACAUAAUUAUCAAUAGUUCCAGUUAAUCUUAUAUGAAUGGUAUAACAGUGAUAAUAUAAAUUAAUUUUCUUUUGAAAUAGAUGGAUGUUGCAGCCGUAUCAUCAGCUACACAUGAAUGUCUUACAGAUUUAGGGCUACAUGCAAAAGGGGAUAUUUUUGCUUUGAAAGCAUUUUGUCAUCGUCGUCAAUUAACAUUUACCAGUAAGAAUGUAGUGGAUGAUGAGACAAACGAUUAUGAGGAUAGAAAGAGGAAACUUCUGGCACAACUGCAAACAGGAAGCCAAAAGAAAAGGAACAAAUCUGUUGACAAACAUUCUAGUUCCAGCAUGUCUAAGAGACCUGUUCAAAAAUAUAAAACACGUAAAAUAUUUCUUGGUUGGCUUCAUUAUUCUGAAAAAAAAGAACGGUUUGUAGCAGUGAGACUAAACAGUGGAGGAGGAACCAGAAGAUUAGAUGUUGGGAGCCAUUUCAAUAAGGAGAUGCUUAUUGAAGAAGGCAAGAAAUUGUUUUAUCCGAGUGGCGAAUCUUCUCAAGGACAAGCUGACGACAUGAUUUUUGAUCUUGCCAACUUCAAAGGAGAAAGCAUCGGCAUUCUGGGUGAUGAAGAUAAUAAACAGCCUUUCUCUAUACAAAAGUACAUUGAAAUGAACAAACUGACACAAGUCCGACUCUACUUGACAACUAGGCAUAUACCGAUAGAUUCUUUAGACGUCGACAAUGAGGAUAGAGGACUCACAGAUGAAGACAUUAAAAUGAGCACAUCAGAUAAUGAAGAAAUCAUAGUAGAAAGUGGAAGUGAAAACGACGAUGAAGUUCUAAUGCAUCCCGUUUUCGAUAGUGGUACAACACUUAUUGGUUCUUCAGAAGAAAGGCAAAACCUAAUGGAAGAGCAAGACCGGUUAUUUCAAGAAUCAUUAGAUAACGAUCGUCGUAAGGAAAACAGUAUAUCAGAAGCCAAGGAAAUGGAAGAAAACGAAAAAACCCGUUUAGAACAACUUAGACAAGCGAGACUCGAAAACGUUCCACCAGAACCACAUCCACAGCUUCCUCGUGUAAGAAUAGCCGUGAAUCAUAUCUUCAUGGGCAAGAUUGUUCGUUCAUUUUCAGUCCUAGAUAGCAUGCAGGCAGUUUAUGAUUGGGUUGGCUCUUGUGCACUUCAUCCAGAGCACUUCAAUCUUUCUCAAUGCCAAGGACAAAUGAUUAUGCCGUCUGAUCCAAUUGCAAAUGUGGCGAACUGUACUCUCUACAUGGAAGUAUCAACGAGCCCAGUGCAAGUUCGUGAACAACAAGAAGUGCUUGCUUCAGAAAACGACAUCCUUCCUGAUACAACUAGGUAG